AUGCCGUCCCGAACCUUCACCCUCCUCGCCACACUCACCACCCUGGUACCUCUCGCGAACGCCGGUCCAGCGGCAUACGGCAUCUGUCAAACAGGUUGUGCAGGGGUCGUAAUGGCCUGCUACGGCGCAGCCGGAUUCACUUGGGGAGCCACGCUGGGCGCGACAGCUCCAGCUUCGGUCCUGGCAUGCAACUCUGCGUACGGAGCGUGCCAAGCUGCUUGUGCGUCGACGCUGCUGGUCCCCUUUUUCUAG